AUGGCUGUUAGUAACAAUAUUGAAGCAAAAAUUGUCAUCUUAGGUGAACAAAAUGUUGGCAAGACAAGUUUUGUCGUCGUUUUCAACCCUGAAAGAAAAAACGAAGAUAGGAACAAAUUGAGCUGUGUUAGCUCAACAAUAGGAGCUUCUUUUGUCAGUUGCAGAGUCCGAGUCAAAGAUAAAUCAGUCCGAAUGCAGAUAUGGGAUACUGCUGGCCAAGAAAGAUUUAAAUCCAUGGUGCCACUUUAUUAUAGAAAAGCUAAUGCAGCUGUUAUCAUGUAUGAUGUGAGUGCAGUUAGCUCAUUUAAGGCAGCACAGUUAUGGGUCAAAGUCGGGAACAAAGCCGAUUUGUGUGACCAAAGAGUGAUAUCGUAUGAACAAGGAUACGAAUACGCUUCUAUGGUUGGUGCCUUAUUUUGCGAAACUUCUGCCAUCACGGAUAAAGGCGUAACGCAUGCUUUCGGUUUACUUGCAAAGAGCCUCAUUGAGUACGAACGAGAGCACUCCAAUUUUCAAUACAAGUUUAAAGCAGACUAUGUAAAUUUGCAUGAAAUGAGUGGUCCACCAUCGCCAGAUGAGCAUUUUUCCAUGUCCUGUUGUUAA